AUGACGGAAGAAAUGAAAUGGUUAAUAGCAGUAUUCAUCGUCUCUGUGUUCAUUGUAUAUUCCUACAGCGAUGAAUACACGAAUGAGUUUGCUGUACACAUCAUUGGUGGAAGCAACGUAGCAGAUAGACUGGCUAAAAAACAUGGUUAUACUAACAUCGGGCAGAUCGGAUCUUUGAAUGACUAUUAUUUAUUUGAAGCAAAAGAUGUUCCGCAGAUGGAAAAGAGACUUGAUUUUGGAAAGCACCUACCUUUGAAGAACGAAAUCAACGUAGACUGGCUAGAACAGCAGAUUGUAUUGAACAGAAACAAGAGGGAUGAUAUAGGCGUUUUUACAGAUCCUUUAUGGGAAGAUGAAUGGUAUCUGAACAGAGAUGGACUGACGAUGAAGGUCAAAGGAGCAUGGGAUGUUGGUUACACUGGAAAGGGGACGGUUGUCACAAUCGUGGAUGAUGGCCUUGAGAAGGAUCACCCAGAUCUGGUGGAUAAUUACGAUCAAUACGCAAGCACGGAUCUCAAUGACCGCGACCCAGAUCCCCAACCAAGAGCCACUCCAAACAAUUUCAACAACCACGGAACCAGGUGUGCCGGUGUAGUUGCCAUGAGGCCUAACAACAGUAUAUGUGGUGUGGGGGUAGCAUAUAAUGCCCAUAUCGGAGGUAUCCGUGCGCUGGAUGGCAGAGUUACAGAUUCCCUUGAAGCAGCUUCGGUUAGCCACAAUCCUCAACACGUUGACAUUUACAGUUCAAGUUGGGGACCCCACGACGAUGGAAAAACAGUGGAUGGCCCUAGAAGGCUCGGUAAAAGGGCUUUUAUUGAUGGAGUGACCAGUGGAAGAAGUGGCAAAGGGUCCAUCUUUGUCUUUGCAUCAGGUAAUGGCGGUGUCAAUGAAGAUAACUGCAACUAUGAUGGUUACCAAAGUAGCAUAUACACUAUUAGCAUAAGCAGUACUAAUGAACAAGGAACCAAACCUGGCUAUGUAGAGAAGUGUUCAGCUGUACUUACAACUACUUACAGUAGCGGUGAUAAAUUUGAUGGAACCAGAGAAAUCUGCUCCUCAGAUGAACAUCACAAAUGCACAAAACACCACACUGGAACCUCUGCGUCAGCUCCAUUAGCAGCAGGCAUAAUAGCACUGGCGCUGGAAGCGAACCCUGAUUUAACAUGGCGUGAUGUACAACAUAUCAUUGUACGUACUUCUAAACGAUACAAUCUUCAAGACAACGAGGAAGGAUGGACUACCAAUGCCGCUGGUUUUGAAGUGAGUCAUUUGUAUGGAUUUGGAUUGAUGGACGCUGAACAUAUGGUCAGAAUGGCAAAUAUGUGGAAAGAAUCACCUGCUCAGCACCUUUGUAAUUUUUCGAGCAAAACCGCCCGUGAAAUCUCUGGUACUAAUACACUGAUUGUCACCCAAGAAGUCGAUAUUUGUACUAGUGCAAGUGGAAUUGUAAAUUAUGUGGAACACGUGCAAGUCAUUUUAAGUACCCAGUUCACCAAAAGAGGAGAUUUAUUAUUUGAAUUAAUUUCUCCAUCCGGAACAAGAUCUGUUCUUCUAUCGCCAAGAAAGUUGGAUAACAGUACGAAUGGUCUAAACGAGUGGGUGACAAUGACAACUCACUGUUGGGGUGAGAAGUCAGAGGGUACAUGGACACUCGAAAUCAAUAACAGGGGCGACACUUCAAAUUCGGGAAAACUUCUUAGCUGGAGCUUGGUUCUUUAUGGCACUGAUAUCCAGCUAGGCUCUGUACAAUACGAAAGAUAA